CCUCCCUAUCUUUUUCUCCCCCACUAAUCCCAUGAAAGACUCAGUCUAUAAAAGGUCAGCAGUUGGCAGUUCCCUAUACAACAAAUCCACUUCACCAUUUACACUCUUGCGACUCAAGUUUCCACCUCUUCCUCAACCACGUCCUUCUCCAUUGCCUUUAUUAAUAUUCUCUUCAAAAGAGCAAACUUUAGAGGGUGAAAGAUCCCCAAACACAGAACAGAACAACAAUGGCGAACGAUGCAACUCUCUUCCUUGUCUUUCUCACUAUCUCCGCCUUCUUAUCAUCCUUCAUUGAGGGAGCGCAGCUUAUACUAGUGAACAACUGCGAGGAGAGCAUAUGGCCGGGGAUUCUAGGCGGCGGAGGCCAAGUCACGCCCAAAAACGGCGGCUUCCACAUGGGAAGCGGCGAGGAGACCAUCAUCGACGUGCCGGACAAAUGGUCCGGCCGCAUCUGGGGUCGACAAGGCUGCACCUUCGACCAAAACGGCAAAGGCUCGUGCCAAACCGGAGACUGCAACGCCGGCUCACUCAGCUGCCAAGGAACCGGCGGCGUCCCGCCGGCAACAGUGGUGGAAAUGACGCUAGGCUCAUCCUCUUCGCCGCUUCAUUUCUACGACGUGAGCCUCGUGGACGGGUUCAACCUCCCCGUGUCGAUGAAACCCAUCGGAGGAGGAGUGGGGUGCGGCGUGGCGGCUUGCGAGGUGGAUUUGAAUGUUUGCUGUCCUUCGGCGUUGGAAGUGAAGAGAGAUGGGAGAGUGGUCGGGUGUAAAAGCGCGUGCUUGGCGAUGCAGUCGGCUAAGUACUGUUGCACGGGUGAAUAUGCGAAUCCCAAGGCUUGUAAGCCGACGCUGUUCGCGAAUCUGUUUAAAGCGAUUUGUCCGAAAGCUUACAGCUAUGCGUUUGAUGAUUCGAGUAGUUUGAACAAGUGUAGGGCUUCUCGUUAUGUCAUCACUUUCUGUCCUCCUAAGUGAGGGGUUUGUAAUGUUUAUUGUUGUACGGUCUGGUUUUAGAUUAUUAAAUGAAAAGUUAAACCAUCAAAAAA